CGAGUCACUACUGUGCGAGCAACGUUAUCAAUGUUGUCUGUUUUUUGUCUCUCUGUAGGUUUUGGUUAUGAUUAGUUUAUAUCAAAAGAUGUUGAUUUAAAAGUAGAGACAGUCAUUAAUGUUCUUCUGAAUAUAAGUGGACAACAUGGCAGAAGACGAUAAUGUGUUAUUUGUCAGAGGAGGUGGUAAUUCGUUUUUAUUUUAUAGCAUCUGACGAUGUUUGGGAUGACUCCGCUCUCGUAAAGGCUUAUGAUAAGGCAGUUAAUUUGGCAAAAGAAGAGGUUUUUAAACGGAUAGGUCUAAAGAGUGAAAAUAAUGGUGCUAAACAUAAGAAACCGCAAUCUCAGAAGCCAGCUCGGCAAGCUCAGAAGGCUCAAACGACUCAAAAAAAAUGGGUUAUUGGAUCUCCUUGCCGAGCAGUAUACUCAGAAGAUGGUGAACUGUAUGAAGCAGUAAUCAAAGAAAUUUUUGAAAAUACAGGAAAAUGUGUGGUCAAAUUUAUAGGAUAUAACAACACAGAAACUGUGGAACUGUCUUCUCUUCUCGAAUCAGAAGGUCUGCAAAGUCAAAUUGCGCAAAAGAAAGAAGCAAUAUCAACAGAAUCAAAUGUCAAUUCCAUGGAUUUUGAGGAAGCUUCUAAGAUGAAUGGCGUUGCAGGGAAUCAAAUGGACUGUGAAAGUGAUGAAUUUCAUUCUUUGAAGAACAUGUACGUCCCUGGGCCUUCAUUCGAUCCUGCCAUGGGUUCUAUGCCUCCUGCUCCACCACUGCCACCACAACUUAUGGCUCGUUUGCCUGAGAAUGAUGCCGAUGCUUUGUCAAGCAUGUUAAUGUCCUGGUACAUAAGCGGUUUCCACACAGGGUAUUAUCAUGGUUUGAAGCAAGCUCAGAGUAAUCAACAUCGAAGGAAAACUUAAAAUUUUAUUUUUCAUGUAAAGUAUCCAUAAGUUAAUUUUUAAUUAAAUUACUUUUUAUACAAAAA